AUGGCGCUGGACAACUACUAUCGCAACAAGAUCGAGGGCAUGAAGCUCGAGAUUAUCCAGGGCCAGGCUGUUCUUCGACGCUUAGAGGCACAGCGCAAUGACUACAACUCGCGGGUGCGCCUGCUGCGGGAGGAGCUUGGUCUGCUCCAACAACCCGGCUCCUAUGUUGGCGAGGUGGUGAAGGUGAUGAGCACGAAGAAGGUGCUGGUCAAAGUACACCCAGAAGGCAAAUACGUGGUCGAUAUAGCAGAUGGCGUGGAUAUUGGCAAGCUCACGGUUGGCAAGCGGGUGGCCCUGCUCUCAGACUCCUACAAGUUGGAAAAGAUGCUGCCUUCCUCGGUCGACCCGCUAGUAUCACUGAUGAUGGUGGAGAAGGUGCCGGACAGUACAUAUGACAUGAUCGGUGGAUUGGACCAGCAGAUCAAGGAAAUCAAGGAAGUGAUCGAGCUCGGCCUGAAGCACCCGGAGCUCUUUGAGUCCCUGGGUAUCGCACAGCCCAAAGGUGUUCUGCUUGGAUCGGAGCUGGUGCAGAAGUACAUUGGUGAGGGUAGCCGCAUGGUGCGAGAGCUGUUCGUCAUGGCCCGCGAGCACGCGCCGAGUAUCAUCUUCAUGGAUGAGAUCGAUAGUAUUGGAUCUAGCCGGAUAGAUUCAGCCGGUGGUGGAGACUCGGAGGUGCAACGGACGAUGCUGGAACUGCUCAACCAGCUGGAUGGCUUCGAGCCCACCAAGAAUAUCAAGAUUAUUAUGGCCACGAAUCGACUGGAUAUUCUGGACCCGGCCUUGCUGCGACCAGGGCGAAUUGACCGAAAGAUCGAAUUCCCCCCUCCAUCAGUCGAGGCCCGUGCCGAUAUUCUACGUAUUCACUCGCGGUCGAUGAACCUGACGCGCGGCAUCAACCUGACCAAGAUCGCCGAGAAGAUGAACGGGUGCUCCGGUGCCGAGCUGAAAGGAGUCUGCACGGAGGCCGGCAUGUACGCACUGCGCGAGCGACGAGUGCACGUUACGCAGGAAGACUUCGACUUGGCGACCGCCAAGAUCCUCAACAAGCACGACGAUAAGGAGGUGGCAGUGUCGAAGUUGUGGAAGUAG